AUCAGGAGAGGGAAAAAUUAUGGCGCAAAUUCCCAAUUUAGACAAUGCUCCCAUUAAUCUCACUGCAAUUAGAGAUCAGUCUCAGAAAGAACUUCUUACUAUCCUGAAAAAUAUUCGAGGAAAGAAAUGUUUAGCUAUCGAUCCCAAGCUUGGUGGUUCGCUUUCAUUGAUCGUCCAGAGCUCACUACUCAAGGAACAUGGGGCUGAAUUGCGUCAUCUUACUGCAGAACCAAUUCAAACUGAUUGCACCAAGGUCGUUUACCUGGUCCACAGCCAACUUGACUUGAUGAAAUUAAUUUCCUCACAAAUUCGUGAUGAUACUUCAAAGGGUCUUCAAAGAGAGUAUUUUGUUUACUUUGUUCCUCGUCGUACUGUUGUGUGUGAGAAAAUACUAGAGGAGGAGAAAGUUUAUGACUUGUUGACUAUAGGUGAGUACCCAUUGUAUCUAAUGCCAAUAGAUGAGGAUGUAAUAUCGUUUGAGCUCGACCUUGCUUAUAAAGAUCAUUUGGCGGAUGGAGACACGACCUCUCUCUGGCACAUUGCAAAGGCUCUCCACAAACUAGAGUCUACUUUUGGAGUGAUACCAAAUAUUAGGGCCAAAGGGAAAGCAUCUGCACGUGUUGCAGACAUUUUGAAUCGCAUGCAAAUUGAAGAACCUGUUAACGCAUCAGAUGCUGGCAUGCCAGAAAUCAAUACUCUGAUCCUCCUAGACAGAGAGGUAGACAUGAUCACUCCUUUGUGUUCUCAGUUAACAUACGAGGGGCUGCUGGAUGAGUUUCUUGGUGUCAAUAAUGGUGCAGUGGAAGUAGACUCAUCUAUUAUGGGUGUUCAGCAAGAAGGAAAAAAAAUGAAGGUUCCCCUUAAUUCAACUGACAAACUGUUCAAAGAGAUACGGGACUUAAACUUCGAAUUUGUUGUCCAGGUUCUACGUCAAAAAGCAACAUCCAUGAAACAGGACUACACAGAGAUGACAACUACUAAUCAAACAGUAUCUGAAUUGAAGGACUUUGUGAAAAAGCUGAACUCGUUGCCUGAAAUUACUCGGCACAUAAAUCUUGCUCAGCACUUGUCAACUUUUACAUCAAAACCUUCAUUUCUUGGGCGUCUUGAUAUGGAACAUACAAUUGUUGAGGCUGAGAGCUAUGACAUAUGCUUCGAGUACAUUGAAGAGAUGAUCCACAAGCAGGAGCCUCUAGUUAAUGUUCUGCGUCUCCUGAUCUUGUUUUCAAUAACAAAUUCAGGACUGCCCAAAAGGAAUUUUGACUAUUUGAGGAGAGAGUUGCUUCACAGCUAUGGUUUUGAGCACAUGGCAACUCUGAAUAAUUUGGAAAAAGCUGGUUUGUUCAGGAAGCAGGAGACAAAAGGCAACUGGAUUACGAUCAAACGCGCUUUGCAUCUUGUGGUUGAGGAUACUGAUACAGCUAAUCCCAAUGAUAUCUCCUAUGUCUUCUCUGGAUAUGCACCUCUCAGUAUUCGCCUUGUUCAGCAUGCAAUCCGAUCUGGAUGGCGCCCUCUUGAAGAUGUACUGAAGUUACUGCCAGGACCACAUACAGAAACCAAGAGAAGUGGAUAUGUUGGCGGUUCAUAUGACAAUCUUUCCAGUUCUGUGCUCAACUUAGCCAAAGUUGGAGAUGGAAGGCGCUCUUUGGUCCUUGUUGUUUUCGUUGGAGGGGUUACGUUUGCAGAAAUCGCUGCUCUUCGUUUCCUCAGCUCUCAGGAGGGAAUGGCAUAUGACUUAAUAAUAGGAACCACGAAGAUCAUCAAUGGUCAAACGUUAAUUGAACCAUUUGUUGAGAAAUUGGGAUAACUUUUAAAGAUCCUUUUGGACAGUUAGUGAGCUGCAGAAGAGGAAGGAGGCUGCUCCUUGCUUGUCACGCGGAAGAUCAUAGCCAGCUUGCUUCCUUUUGAUUGUUAAGCAGAUGUUUGACUUGUAUGCGAGGUGUCCGUUUUGACAAUGGAUCGUAAAUGGGUUUGUACAGAAAGAAAUGAAUUCUAGCCCUUUUUAGGAAUGCUUGCCAGGUGGUUUGCACUUCAGGAGUAUGGUGCCAAAUUUGGAGUCAUUUCAUUCACCACCUCAUCUGGCGGCCUGUCUGUAUUUUUUGCUGGCAAAAGAUAUGGAGUCUGUUGGACUGGAUAUCUUUGUAGUAUGAAUUGGUCGGAUGUAUUUCACCUCGUAAGUAAUUAUGAUUUGAACCUACAGUUAAUUAAUCUCCAUUUCUCGACUACAUGGACGUAUGUUUGUAAAACAAGAGCUUGUUUCGCUGAAAUUCUUUUUUACA